AAAACAUUAUGCGCGCUCCUGGUCGAAACGGAGAAGACAGAGAAGUGAAAAAGCGCAAAUAUUUAUCUCUCUGUAAAUUAGUACAUCGUUGAGCAAUAACUAGCUACACAAUGUCUGAAGAAAAGCCAAAGGAAGGAGUGAAAACUGAAAACGAUCACAUCAACCUAAAGGUUGCAGGUCAAGAUGGGUCAGUAGUCCAGUUCAAAAUUAAAAGGCACACUCCGCUCAGUAAGCUGAUGAAGGCGUACUGCGAAAGACAGGGUUUGUCAAUUAGACAGAUAAGGUUUAGGUUUGACGGACAGCCGAUUAACGAGACAGACACACCUGCACAGCUUGAGAUGGAAGACGAGGACACUAUUGAUGUAUUUCAACAACAGACGGGCGGCUCCUCCCUCUCUGAGGCUCCUCCCUCUCUGAGGCUCCUCCAUCUCUGAGAACAGAUACACUUGAAGAGCAGCAUCACUCAAAAUAUUUUUUCUUUUCUGUUUACAAUGGAAAACCAUGGCGUUAAGAAAGACGGGACUGUUAAGUGGGUUACAUUCACAUUCUCUACCCACUCGUUCAAUCCCCCUUCAUGCAUUGGUGCAGCAUGACUAAGGGAGGUUCCACCACCGCCAUACUCCUCACACCAUUCCAUUUAAAUGCAUGAGGUUGAUUGAACGAGUGCAGGGUAGUGAAUUGGGACGUAGCCAUGAUCACAAGCUGGAUUUCAUGCCACCGAACCAUUUCUUGUUUAUAUGAACUAGAACUGUUUUGAGAAUAUGUAUUUGUUUCACACACAGGGGGUCCAACUGUCCUUAAGAUCCCUAAUGGCACCCUAUUCCCUUUAAAGUGCACUACUUUUUGACCGAAAGUCGUGCACUAUAUAGUGAAUAGGAUGCCAUUUGGGAUGUACCUCAAUCUACCACAAGGUUGAGGUAACAAGGUCCACUGAUCCUUCUGUUUCUCUAGUGACUUGUAUAUUAUUUGAGAUGUCUUUUUUUUUUAAAGUUCAUUUUGCUAAAUAUAUGGGCCAAAUGAUCAAUUUUCUCAUCUCACCCUGUAUGGCCAUACGAUUGAAUGGUGCAUGGCUGUGUUUAGACCAAAUGCUAAAUGAACCGAAUUGUGAACAGAAAUGUCUUGGUGAUAUGAUUGAAAAGGGUAAAGUUUUAAGGUCUAUUUUUAACGUCACUUGAAGAAAGGAUUCAACUUACCUUUUCAGAUGGCUUUGUUUAUCCCCCUCUCCACACAGGCGGACGGGGAGUAGUUGAGCUGUACUUGGUGGAUUUCUCCAGAAUUUUACCCAUCCCACUGCAUCACUGAUAUUUUAUGACAAAAUAAAAGGGAAUCCACCCAGACUUCAA